CUAUGCCGCCAUCUGCUGCUCCUUUUGGUCUUGUGUGACGGUGUCGAUUGCCUUGGCCAGCGUCUCGUUGAGCAGCUGCACCGGCUCGCCGUCGUUGACGACGAACUUGGGCUGGCCGCCCUCACUCAGAGAUGAGACGCCCUCAACCACAACCUAACACACAGAAAGACACACACAGACAAGAGUGUGCCUGCCUCUCUCUCUCUCUCUCUCUGCCUGUGUGUGUGUGCUCAGUGUGGUCACUUCUGUCACAGCUUUCUUUCUCUCUGGCGGGACGGCCAAGUGGGCGUCGUGGGCGUCUUCCUGCUCGGACUGACGACACUUCAGCGCAUUGUACCUGUCCUCACACACACACUCGUCUGUCUCUCUGUCUUUGUGUCUGUCUGUCUGUCUGUCUGUCUGUCUGUCUGUGUUUGUGUGUGUUGUCCCACAUUAUAUGGACUGACCUUUGUUCCUUUGUGCUGGUGGGCGGCAGCGCCUCGUCCAGUCCUGACGGCGGCAGGUGGUGGAUGGCUCCCGGCCCAGAGUUGAAGCAGAAGACGGCCUCGAUCAACGAAGACAU